UGUCAGGCAGAGCCAUGGCCUCCCCCAUAGUCACCAAGAAGAUGAAGGAGGAAGUCACCUGCGCUAUCUGCCUGCUCCUGAUGGCAGAGCCCGUGAGCAUCAGCUGUGGGCACAGCUACUGCAGACAGUGCAUCGACGACUUCCUGAAGAACCUACACCAGGAGGAGCCGUCGCUCAAUGUGUUUUCCUGUCCCCACUGCCGGGCUCCGUUUCGGAUGGCCAGCGUCCGGCCCAACAAGCACCUGGGAAAUCUCAUCGAAGCCAUCAAGGAGAUGGACCAGGAAAUGUCUUGUGAGGAACACGGAGAGUUCCUCCACCUGUUCUGCGAAGACGAAGGCCAGCUCAUCUGCUGGCGCUGUGAGCGGUCACCACAGCACAAAGGGCAUGACACAGCUGUCAUCGAGGACGUAUGCCAAGGCUACAAGGAAAGGCUCCAGAAUGCCCAGACGAACUUGAAGCAGCUGGAAGAGGAGUGUACGAAACAGAAGGUGCUCGCAAGAAAGCAAAUAAGCGAAUGGAAUGAGAAGAUAGAGAGUCAGAAACAAAAAAUCCAGUCUGACUUCAAGAAUCUUCAGAGCUUUUUGCAUGAAGAGGAGAAGGCUUACCUGUGGAGACUGGAGAAAGAGAACAAGCAGACUCUACAGAGACUGAUGGAUAACGAGGCCACUCUGAAACAGAAGAGCCAAGAACUCAAGAGUCACAUCCUGGAACUAGAGAAGAGAUGUCAGAGUUCAGCCCAGAAGUUGCUGCAGGACGUGAAAGAGACUUUGCGCAGGAGUUCGGCUGUGAAGCUGGAAACACCAGAGGCCCAUUCUUUGGAAGUUCAUACUGUGUGCAGUGUUUCUGAGCUUUAUUUCGAUAUGAAGAAGAUGUUAAGGAGCUAUCAAGUCAACGUGACUCUGGAUCCAGACACAGCCCAUCAUGAGCUAAUUCUGUCUGAAGAUCGGAGACAAGUGACUCGUGGAUGCUUCCAGGAGAAUCUAGGCAAUUCCUCUAGGAGAUUCACUGUCUUACCCAGUAUCCUGGGCUGCGAAGGCUUCACCUCAGGAAGACAGUACUUUGAAGUAGAUGUAGGAGAAGGAACUGGCUGGGAUUUAGGAGUUUGUUUGGAAAACGUGCAUAGGGACAUUGGCGUGAUACAGUGCCCUCAGUCUGGAUUCUGGGCCAUCAGACUAUGUGUAAAGAAAGGCUACGUAGCGCUCACCUCUCCCCUAACCUCCCUUUAUCUGAGGGAGCAGCCCCUGGUUGUGGGGGUUUUUCUGGACUGCGAUGUCGGGGUUGUAUCCUUUUACAACAUGACCACUGGCUCCCACAUCUUUACCUUCCCGAGGGCCUCCUUCUCUGAUACUCUCCGGCCCUACUUCCGGGUUUAUCAACAUUCUCCUUUGUUCCUGCCUCCCCCAGACAAGUAAGGAAAGUAGCAAAACCUUCUGGUUUAGCUAACGUAGAAAAUAUCAUGGAAAUCCCUUGAGGGCAGAAAUUUGGUCUGUUCUUUUCGCUGCUGUUGCACUUAGAACUCUGCUGCACUUGUGGCUACUUAAUAAACCUGCUUUGAAUGAA